UUGAAUGAUCUACACUAACACACCAAAGCUGGGUUUAUUUGACUAGGACUGUGUGACGAACCAAACCCCGUUUUCUGUGACCCCACGUAUAUCUCGUUUUCCGUUCUGCGUUUCGCUUUUCACCGAUCACCGGAUAAAUGGUUCCCUUCUCCGGUGACCGGCAUUGACACCACUUCGAUUCCGAGUGUCUAACCCUAACCAACCCUUCUCAGAUUCAUGGAUCCUCCUGAUUCUCACUCCCAGGCCCAGGAAUCGCCCAAGAGCAACGGCGUCGUUUUGGUUACACUACGAUGGGUUUUUGCAAUUCUAUUCCCCUUCCUUUUCUUCCUCUCGAUUCCCUUUCUCUUUGGCCUGCUCGUUCUCAUCGUCGCCGAUUUCUCUAUCUCCAACCCCAUUUCUUUACCCUCACAGUGCAAGAUCGUUUCCUCCGGUGUUGAUAUUAGGUCAUCAAAGAUUUGUGAACUUGGAUUAUUAAAUUAUAAAGCAAAGGAUGUAUUUCAUCAUUUUGAAAGAAGCAAAUUUCGCUGCCGUUACGAUUACUAUUGGGCUUCAAUAUUCAAGUUAACACUGUUUCAGGUGGAAUAUAAAGAUCACUUUUCAGGUCAAACACAAGUCGCAUUUGCAGAGGCUCCAAAUGAGGCCCUUCCUCUUUAUUGCCGACCUAAUUUUGGUGCUGCAUGGUUGACACAAUAUAGAUUUAAGGUCAAUGAAACUUAUGAUUGCUGGUACACAUCUGGCAUUUCCAAAGUUCGCUUACAUCAAGAUAGUCUUUUUGGUUGCCAUGCCAAUAAGCCAUCUACCCUUGAGAAGAGCAGACAAUAUUCUACCCUGGCCAUGGAGAUGGUAAAUUUCUGGUUUUCCAGUGAAGGAAGGACCAGAUAUUGGAGGUGGGAAACCAUAGCUGGACUCGUAACUGGGUUCUUAACUUCAUUGAUCUUCAUAUUGUUUAUUAGGUCCCUACAACUACUACUAUGUUCGUUAUAUCGAUCUUCUACAACUUGGAAAUUUCCUUGGCGUCUCAAUACAGUUCUCAUCAGCCGUGCUUGUUUUCUUUUGGCAUACUUAUCUUUUGUGGCUUGGUUAGCUAUUGAAUAUGGGAAGAGGCUCGGUCUCAUAGAUAUAUUCAGAUUCCCUAAAUCAUAGCAAUUAUUUUUAUGAUUGCAAUGUCCUUUUUGCAGAAGCCUUAUGUAAUAUAACUACAGCAGGUGACAUUCUUGCCUCAUGAUAAAUGAGCGUCGACUUUGUAUAAGGAAAUCAUGUAUAGUUCGAGGGAGAAUUAAAGAUUCAAUAGUUAAGUUAAAUGGACCAAGUUCCUACAAAAGGAAAACUUUUUAAGCUUAGUUAAAAGAGUAAAUGUGGGAAUAGUAGUUUUCAUAGUUGCCUUAUAUAUAAUAUGCCCACUUAAGUAUCUGUCUGAAUUGCUAGUAAGAGUCACCUAUGCACUUGAAUUUAAAAUAUUUAAAAGUCGUA